CUUUGACGACGUUUUUGAUCGUGUUAUUAUUAUACUUGGUAUCUAAUAAUCGUAUCAAUAAACAGUUUGAAGCCAAAUUCCUAAAGUGUAUUGAGAGAUGGAAUUCACCGUCAAAUCUCCCGAUCAAUCCCAGUGGGGCAUGGAUCGUAAAAAUAAAGACGAGGGGUAUGGAGCCAAAGACGGAGAGAUACUGCAUCGAAUUAAAAUAAAUGAAUACCUCAGUAAUCUCCCCAAGAUGUUUGAGUCUAUUGAAGAAGAAGUAAUGGCAGCCGUUAUCCCUCCCAACGCUGACGAAGAAACUAAAAAAAGGCUAUACGCUAAUCUCCAAAUUUGCAAAGACAAUGUCAUGAGCAAGAUAUUAAAGGCGAUGGAGAUGUCUCAAGUGACGGGUGAUGAAUGCACUGCCGGCGCACCCAACCAAGCUGCCGGCUCAGUAUCAACAAUAAAUACUUAAUUAUUUAUUUGUUUAAAAAGAAAUGUACUAGGUACGAAGAUUUUCCAAUUAAUGGAUGUAAGUGGAUUUUGAUGGUAAAAUUGUAAUUCGUACUAUUCAGAAAUUUCUUAGGUUUGUCUUCAAACUGUCACCUCUAUAACCGUGUAAACAGUGAAUCUUGAGCCAAUUUAGCAACAAGAUGGAUAUUCUAAAAAAUAUACUUUUUUAUUACAUUAAAAAUUAUAGUAAUAUUUGGAAUUCGGAUUUUCUAUAUAAUCCUGA